CGCGCCCGCUCGGCCCCGGCCCCUGCCCGCGGCGCCCGGCCUCCUUCCGUCCCUGCCGUGCUCCCUCCGUCUUCCGUGCGCCCGCUCGGCCGGCGUGCCUCACGCCUAACAGGCGGCCGCGGCGCCAAUCAGCGGGCGGCAGGGUGCCAGCCCGGGGCUGCGCCGGCGAAUCGGCGGGGCCCGCGGCUCGGGGGAGGAGGCGGGGCUACCGCGCGCGCGGCGGUGGAGGAGCAGCUCGCCAGCCUGCAGCUCGCGAGCGCUGAGCGAGCCGCCCGAAGGGUAGAUUUACCAGGCUGUUUCUGAGUGUGGAUUGUAACCCUUGGUAAGAAAAUGUCGUCCAUCUUGCCAUUCACUCCGCCAGUGGUGAAGAGACUUCUGGGAUGGAAAAAAUCAGCCGGUGGGUCUGGAGGAGCAGGUGGUGGAGAACAGAAUGGACAGGAAGAAAAGUGGUGUGAAAAAGCAGUGAAAAGUCUGGUGAAAAAGCUAAAGAAAACAGGACGAUUAGAUGAGCUUGAGAAAGCCAUCACCACUCAGAAUUGCAAUACUAAGUGUGUCACCAUACCAAGCACUUGCUCUGAAAUUUGGGGACUGAGUACAGCAAAUACGGUAGAUCAGUGGGACACAACAGGCCUUUACAGCUUCUCUGAACAAACCAGGUCUCUUGAUGGUCGUCUUCAGGUGUCUCAUCGGAAAGGGCUGCCACAUGUUAUAUAUUGCCGGCUGUGGCGCUGGCCAGACCUUCACAGCCAUCAUGAGCUCAAGGCGAUCGAGAACUGCGAAUACGCUUUCAGUCUGAAAAAAGAUGAAGUGUGUGUGAACCCUUACCACUACCAGAGGGUGGAGACACCAGUCUUGCCUCCAGUCUUGGUGCCUCGGCACACGGAGAUUCUAACAGAACUGCCGCCUCUGGAUGACUAUACCCACUCCAUUCCAGAAAACACAAAUUUCCCAGCAGGAAUUGAGCCACAGAGUAAUUACAUCCCAGAAACACCACCACCUGGAUAUAUCAGUGAAGAUGGAGAAACUAGUGACCAACAGUUGAACCAAAGUAUGGACACAGGCUCUCCAGCUGAACUGUCUCCUACCACUCUCUCCCCUGUCAAUCACAGCUUGGAUUUGCAGCCAGUUACUUAUUCAGAACCUGCAUUUUGGUGUUCAAUCGCAUAUUAUGAACUAAACCAGAGGGUUGGAGAGACCUUCCAUGCGUCACAGCCCUCACUCACUGUAGACGGCUUUACAGAUCCAUCGAACUCGGAGAGGUUCUGCUUAGGUUUGCUCUCCAACGUUAACAGAAACGCUACUGUAGAAAUGACCAGAAGGCAUAUAGGAAGGGGAGUGCGCUUGUAUUACAUAGGUGGGGAAGUGUUUGCCGAGUGCCUAAGUGAUAGUGCGAUCUUUGUGCAGAGCCCCAACUGUAACCAGAGAUAUGGCUGGCACCCCGCGACGGUGUGCAAAAUCCCACCAGGCUGUAACCUGAAGAUCUUCAACAACCAGGAAUUUGCUGCUCUUCUGGCUCAGUCUGUUAACCAGGGUUUUGAGGCCGUGUACCAGCUGACUCGAAUGUGCACCAUAAGAAUGAGCUUCGUGAAGGGGUGGGGAGCAGAAUACCGGAGGCAGACAGUAACAAGUACUCCUUGCUGGAUUGAACUUCAUCUGAAUGGCCCCCUGCAGUGGUUGGACAAAGUAUUAACUCAGAUGGGAUCCCCGUCAGUGCGAUGCUCAAGCAUGUCCUAAAGUCCGUCAGCAGUGGAGCUCAUCGGAAGACUUAACGUACCAACUCCUCCGCCACAGUACUCGUGUGUGAUCCCGUGGACUGUGCUAGUCAAAACCCAGAGCGAAAACAGCACUUGAGGUCUCAUCAGUUAAAGCACCUUGUGGAGUCUGUUUCCUAUAUUUGAAUUUUAGAUGGGAAAUUAGUGUCUAGAAAUGCCCUCCCCAGAGGGGACAAAGAAGACUUAAAGACUUAAUGAUGUCUCGUUGGGCAUAAGACAGUGUCCCAAAGGUUAUUAAUAGCAGUAGUAGUUGUGUACAGUAACGUGUCCAGACCCAGUAUUGCAGUGCUCUGCUGUUGUAUACCUUCUUAGUGUGCAUAAACGAGGUGUGUGCUGCUGCUUGGUCUAGGCAAGCCUUUAUAAAACUACAGUACCUAAUCUGUUAUUCCCACCUCUCCGUUAUUUUUGUGUCUUUUUUAAUAUAUAAUAUAUAUAUCGAGAUUUUCAAAUUAUCAUUUAGAAGCAGAUUUUCCUUGUAGAAACUAAUUUUUCUGCCUUUUACCAAAAAUAAACUCGUGGGGGAAGAAAAGUGGAUUAACUUGGAAGUCCUUGACCUUAAUGUGUCCAGUGGGUCUUAGCAUUCUUUCUGUGAUCAUUUUCUGCUGAAUUGCAUUAGAAGGAAACCUUGUUGGAAACUUCCAGGCUCUUUGUGCCAUUUCUGUUCAGAUUCAAAGCAGUGCAGCAUGAUGUCAUUGCGGUAAAUAGUUGCACUGAUGGCUUCUGGGUUAGUUACUUCUGAGUCCAGUAAAGGAUUGUGUGAGCAGUAAGUCCUUUUGUCUUAUAUCCAGACUUCAGCAGAUGAUAACCAGUUGUUCCGUUGAUUAACUUUUGUCUCAAACGUGCACAGGUGACAGUAUAAUUAUUUUCAGGGCUAUUCUAGAAUCAUCUCAGUAUGUUUCCUUCUUCCAACGCCAGUCUGAUAAUAAAGUAUCUUUCUGUAAAGGCA